UUUGAAAUUUGGUCGGACUUUUAAUUCAAGUUCCGAGGAUCCAGUUUUAGUUUUCAAGUUUGCAUUUAUAAUUUAUACAAUUUCCAUUAUAAAAUAGACCUGUUGGAAUGUGAUAAGUUAUAUCUAUAGACAGUCAUUGAAUAAUUGUUGUUAUAUUUAUAUAUAAAAAAAACUUGAUAAAAAUCUCAACCAAGAUAAAACUUCUGAAAGAUAAAUCGCUUUCAACUCUGCUUACUAAAAACUCCAAAAAGUUUUUUUUGUCUUUCUAACUCUACAUUGAGACUUGAGAGGUUUCAAACAUGUUGCGGGGAAUCAAAAUUUGGAAUUCCAAAGGCUUCACUCUUGAGCCCUAUAUCACAUCACUUCAACUGGUUAGCAAUUAUACUUCAACGAAACCAGCUCUAAACUCGCAGAAUUUACCCCAACUUCCCGUACCAAAACUUGAAGAUACCGUGAAUAAGUAUUUAAAAACUGUACGACCUUUCCUUAAUGAGAAUGAGUUUUCCAAUACUUCUAAACUUAUGAAUAACUUUGCUUCGGAGGGUGGUAUUGGGCAGAAGCUGCAGAGUUUAUUAGAAAAUAGAGCUACUAAGCACAUAAAUUGGCUUGAAGAAUGGUGGCUAAACACAGCAUAUUUGGAAUACCGUGAUCCAGUUGUUGUAUUUUCUAGUCCCGGCUUAGUUUUUCCAUUACGAAAAUUUAGUAAUCAAACUGAACAAUUGGAAUAUGCUGCUAAAACAUUGCUCGCAGCUGUAAACUAUAAAUCCCUUAUUGAUAAUGACAAAAUACCAUUAGAAAUGAUGGGAAAGAAUCCAUUGGAUAUGUCGCAGUAUAAAAAAAUAUUUGGUACUUGUCGCAUACCACAUCCUAAGAGAGAUAAGCUGUCUUUCAAUAAUAGCAAAUAUGUUACUGUUAUUCAUAAUAACCAUCUAUUUCACUUAGACCUCUGGGGCAGCGACGAUAAAAGAUUGAGUUGUGAUCAAAUUGUUGAAGGACUGAAGAAAAUCGUAGCAUCAUCGGCGUCCCCCGCUAAAGAUGCUGUUGGGAUCCUUACAUCGGAAAAUAGAGAUAAUUGGGCCAAGGCUUAUGAGCUUUUAAGUAAAGAUGAAAACAAUCGCCGUAGUCUAGCAGACGUUGAGCGCAGUAUUGCAGUGCUAUGUCUGGAUAAACCAAGUGGCGUAUGGCAGGCCGAUGAAAGCGCUAGACGCUCAAUAGCGGGCGCUCAUACUAUACACGGCGCCGGCGCAUCAGCUAAUGGUGGGAACCGGUGGUUCGAUAAAACUGUACAGUUCAUAGUUGGCGCUGAUGGUAUAACAGGCCUUACAUACGAACAUUCCCCAGCAGAAGGACAACCUAUUGCUGUGUUGACAGAUUUUAUUAUUAAUUAUAUUGAUAAGAAUACUGUGAGUGAAGAGUCAUCGUCGUCGCCAAUUGAGCCCGUACAACUAAAAUUCAAUGUUAACAGCGAUGUUUCAAAGAUGAUAGACGAAGCUAAAAAUAAUUUGAACAAGUUAGUUGAAGAUCUAGAAUUGAACUGUUUCAAGUUCGACAAAUAUGGAAAGAACUUUAUAAAGACACAAAAACUCAGUCCGGACAGUUAUUUGCAAAUGGCGAUGCAGUAUGCAUUUUACAGACUACACAAAACGCCUGGCGCUCACUACGAAUCGGCGGCGACGCGAAUGUACGCGGGCGGACGUACUGAGACUAUUCGUUCGUGUUCUGUAGAGUCCAUAGAGUUCGCUAAGACUAUGUUACACCCACAAGCAACGCCGAAGGAAAAACUAAAUGCUUUAAAGAAUGCUGUUAACGCGCACAAAAAUUAUACUGUUAUGGCGCUACAAGGACUUGGAGUGGACAGACAUCUCUUAGGUCUCAAAUUGACGGCUUUGGAGAAUGGUAUAGAGCUACCACCGAUUUACGCAGACCCGGGAUAUACUCGCAGUGCACAUAUGAGAAUAUCGACGAGUCAGGUCGCCUGCAAAUGCGAUGGUUUCAUGUGUUACGGACCGUUGGUGAGUGAUGGUUACGCCACGUGCUAUAAUCCGCGCGAUUCUGAUGUUAACUUCGCUACUUCCGCGUUCCGAAGACAUCCUGAUACCUCCUGUGACGCGUAUCGUAGUGCUCUAGAAAACUCAUUGAAGGAUAUGCACGAUGUUCUCGUGCAAAACACGCAAUCAAAACUAUAAAUAUAUUGGUUACGACAUUGUUAUAAACGUUUUUACUCGCCAUGUUGACAGUUUUCAACUUUUAAUAUUAUGAUUUUGUAUUUAUUUAUAACUUUUAAAACAACAUAGUAUGCAUACUUAAAUAAUACAAGAAAAUAUAUUACAUAUAUCUACAAAUCAAUAACAUGAAAAGAAAUUAGCAAAGAAAAAAGAGCACAGGGCAAUGCGUACUAGAGGCAUGGACGGGCCCGUAAAUUUAUUGAAUUAUUCCAAAAUAGUUUUUAUAUGUAAAAUAAAUAUGAACUAUAUGAUUAAUAUAUUUUUACGUAUUGACAGAUUCUUACUUAUGUGUUUAAGAUGUCGUAUAUAUGAAUAAAUGUAUAUUGAAUCGUUA